AGGUUCACCCCCACGCCCCCAUCCUCGCAGGCCUGCUCUGGAGAUGCCGAAGUCGUGUGCGGCCCGGCAGUGUUGCAACCGCUACAGCAACCGCAGGAAGCAGCUCACCUUUCAUCGGUUCCCAUUCAGCCGCCCGGAGCUGCUGAAGGAAUGGGUGCUGAACAUUGGCCGGGGCAACUUCAAACCCAAACAGCACACGGUUAUCUGCUCCGAGCACUUCAGACCCGAGUGCUUCAGUGCCUUUGGAAACCGCAAAAACCUGAAGCACAAUGCCGUGCCCACAGUGUUUGCCUUUCAGGACCCUACACAGCUGGUGAGGGAGAACACCGAUCCUGCCAGUGAGGGGGGAAAUGCCGACCCCCAGAGAGAAAAGGUCCUCCCUGAGCUGGGGGCUGGGGAGCACAGCUCGGUGAGGAACAUGGACACCGCACUGGGAGAGCUUCAGCUGCCCCCAAAUGCUGAAAGCCCUGUAAGCCAGGUCUUAACACAGCGACCAGAAGCAAGAGAGGCCACCCGUCAGCUGAGAAGGCCCCUCCCCAAGCAGCCAUCUGACCACAGCUAUGCCCUUUUGGACUUGGACGCUCUGAAAAAAAAACUCUUCCUCACUCUGAAGGAAAACGAAAAGCUCCGAAAGCGCUUGAAGGCACAGAGGCUGGUGAUGCAGAGGAUGUCCAGCCGCCUCCGUUCCCACAGAGAUGGGCAGCGGGGACUCCAGGCCACGCCACGGCCAGAGCAGCAGAGCUGAGCCUGCCAGGCUCUGGACUACAGGGGUUUUGGGGCUCUGGCUGUAGACAUUUAUUUCCGCUGCUGAAGCUGAGAAAGCGACAGUGAAGCAUGCCAGGCAGGGGAUCAAGACAGCAGCUGAGGAGCCUGGGGCUAGGCCAACGGGGCUGUGGGCAUGACUGUCAUCCUCCCCUCCAGGAACCAAGAGGUUCAGUCAGAGGUGGUAUCGGUGUAGCACAGGGUGAGCAGGUGUCACUGGACGUGGGGCACAAGGAGCUGCCUGGGUCCUGGUGCCAUACAUAACCCCCUUCUCACGGGCACCUGAGGGACAGCUGGGCCCAGGGUUAUACUUGGCCUGUGGGUCACUCCCACCACCCUGUAUAAGGGGAGCAAUGGCUGGUUCCGUUACAGGGCAAGGGGCCUCCAUCAGCCUGGACAGCCAGCUGAGUGGCUGCCCUGCCCUCUGCUUGGGGAGGACCCCUCUCCAACUAGCGGAGGGGACCACGGCAGUGCUAACUCCGUUUGGUCUGUUCCUGCCACGUUUUGCUGCUAUGUUGGACCUCUUGUUCCUAUUAAAGAGUGGGCAGGAUGUGACUAC